CGGAGGCGCAUGCGCAGCGUCGUCGCGGUCAGUUGGGGCCAGCAUGGCUGUCUGCGCUCGGCUCUGCGGAGUGGGCCCGGCGCGAGGAUGCCGGCGGCGCCAGCAGCGCCGGGGCCCGGCCGAGACGGCGGCGGCGGACAGCGAGCCGGACACAGACCCCGAGGAGGAGCUCAUCGAGGCAGGCGCGGCGACGCUGACUGGGAUCGGGGUCGGCGUCGGGGCCGUGAGCGCGGGCCCCGCACCGCCCCCGCGCUGCUCCCUGCUGGAGCUGCCGCCCGAGCUGCUGGUGGAGAUCUUCGCCUCGCUGCCCGGCACCGACCUCCCCAGCCUGGCCCAGGUCUGCACCAAGUUCCGGCGCAUCCUGCACACCGACACCAUCUGGAGGCGGCGCUGCCGCGAGGAGUAUGGUGUCUGUGAGAAUCUGCGGAAGCUGGAGAUCACAGGAGUGUCUUGUCGAGAUGUCUACGCCAAGCGUAUAAACCCGCGUGUGAAGUCAGGGCGGUUCAUGAAAAUCCUUCCUGAUUAUGAGCACAUGGAGUAUCGAGAUGUGUACACCUGCCUGCUUCACCGAUACCGACACAUUCUGGGACUGUGGCAGCCGGACAUUGGGCCGUACGGAGGACUGCUUAAUGUUGUGGUGGAUGGCUUAUUCAUCAUUGGCUGGAUGUACCUGCCACCGCAUGACCCUCACGUGGAUGACCCAAUGCGAUUCAAACCCUUGUUUAGAAUCCACCUGAUGGAAAAGAAGUCUGCCACUGUGGAGUGCAUGUAUGGUCACAGGGGCCCCCACAAUGGCCACGUCCAGAUUGUGAAGAAGGACGAGUUCUCCACCAAGUGUAAUCAGACGGAUCAUCACAGGAUGUCCGGUGGGAGGCAGGAGGAAUUCCGAACAUGGCUGAGGGAAGAAUGGGGACGUACUCUGGAGGACAUCUUCCACGAACACAUGCAGGAGCUCAUCCUGAUGAAGUUCAUCUACACCAGUCAGUAUGACAACUGCCUGACCUACCGUCGAAUCUACCUCCCACCCAACCAUCCAGAUGACCUCAUAAAGCCUGGCCUCUUCAAGGGCACCUACGGCAGCCAUGGCUUGGAGAUCGUCAUGCUCAGCUUCCAUGGAAAGCAUGCACGGGGCACCAAGAUUACAGGUGACCCCAACAUCCCUGCCGGGCAGCAAACAGUAGAGAUAGACCUCACACACCGCAUCCAACUGCCUGAUGUUGAAAACCUUCGCAACUUCAAUGAGCUCUCCCGUAUUGUACUGGAAGUACGGGAGCAGGUGCGCCAGGAGCAGCAGCAGCAGGAGGGCGGGCCUGAGGAUGCCCGGGUCCGACAGAACCCUCAUGAGUCUCCGGUGCAGCACAGUGCUGAGCCACCCACCGAGAAGGGCCAAGAAGGGGAUGGAGAGGCUGCAGCUGCAGAAGCUGAGCAGCCUGCCCAGUCUGGGCAGGGGCAGCCAUUUGUACUGCCUGUGGGUGUGAGCUCGAGGAAUGAGGACUACCCCCGUACCUGCAGGACUUGUUUCUAUGGCACAGGCCUCAUCGCUGGCCAUGGCUUCACCAGUCCUGAGCGCACCCCUGGGGUCUUUAUCCUGUUUGAUGAAGACCGUUUUGGGUUUAUCUGGCUGGAGCUGAAGUCAUUUAGCCUGUACAGCAGGGUCCAGGCCACCUUCCAGAACGCAGAUGCACCAUCUCCGCAGGCCUUUGAGGAGAUGCUCAAGAAUAUCCAGUCUCUCACCUCCUGAUGGCCUGUCUGUGCUGAGGGCUCCCGGGACUCUGGGCCUGCACCAGGGCGAGAAGCAGCAUGCACUUUGGAGCUUGGCCUCCCACCUGGACACUGUCCACUGUGUGUAACCUAGACUUGUACGUUUGUCAGCAGCUCCCCAAAGGAAUGCUGACAGCAUGUUUUACAACAAAACCAGGAAGAACUAGAACAAAACUGACUUAGAGAACUGGCUGCAGGGAUGUGUAAAUGUAAUUGGGAGAAAUUGGGUUUAUCCUUGGCCUGUGGCACUUUGGUAGGGAAAACAUCUUCCUUUGAGAAGUUUAUAAUGGACUGUGAGUGGGUUGAGAAUAGGGGCAGUGUAUGUCUGUGGUGUAUAUGUGUGUGUGUGUGUGUGUGUGUGUGUGUGUGUGUGUGUGUGUGCAUGUAUCUAUGGGUGGUUAGUAGAAGUGGGUGAAGCCUGUGUGGGGCUCAGCAAGGCUUUCCUGAGAAGUAACUGAUGGGGUUCAGCAGGUGGGAGGGGCAGUGGGUGUACAAAGGGGGCUUCUGGGAGCAGUUCAGGACACUAGAUGAAUUCCCAUUUCUCUACUGAAUUGCUCCAGUUUCAGUUCCAAGUUGGCAACAUGGGGCUAAUUGUAGAAGUUGCUGCAGGCCUUUGAGCAGUUUGGUGGCCCUGGUCCCUGAGCGAGCACUCUCUAGCUUGCACCAUAGCCAGCUCAGAUAGGACUUCUGUGCUGUGCAACGCCACUCCCCUGCACGCGCUCUGGUGUCGGAAGUGCACCCUGCAGCCACUCCUGCAGCACUGGACUAGAGCUGUCUGUCUGAUGCGACCUGCACUGAUUCUACAUGCCUUGAGUCCACUGCUGUUUCUGAAGUGCCCCCAUGUCAAGAGCACUGGCGUGGCUGGGGGUAGGUAGCAUAAUGGUUAUGCAAAGAGACUCUCAUGCCUGAGGCUCUGAAGCCCCAGAUUCAAGCCCUUGUACCACCAUAAGCCAGAGUUGAUCAGUGCUCUGGUUUAAAAAAAAAAAAAAAAAUCCAAGGAGCACUGGCACAAAACAACUUUGGGGCACCUUUGCAGGCAAGAGGACCACUUCCAGAAGAGUUAGACACCAUCAUGUGGAGGAGGUGCACUUUGGGGAUGAAAAACUCUUGGGACUCUCCAGUGAGAACUCCCCCCUCCCCAGCAUCAACCUCUCAGCAUUGAACUCAUGUCCAGACCCUCUCCAGCCUGCUGCCUGCACAGCUGCAGCCUCCCUGAGACUCGAGUGCUGUGCUUCUGUGUCUUGUCCCUGCUAAUGCUCUGGAAGAGGGACUCAGGAGAGGGACAGCUCAGCAGUGCCUUCACGGGGACCAGCGUGAGAUGCCCCAUGAAAAAUGUUCUGUGCUUUCCCAAUUUCUAUCUGACCAACCUUUUCAAAUAAAAACAUCCUCAUUGCC